AUGGCCAUCUUCCUGGCUCUGCUGGGUCUCGUGCGAUUCCCUGGAAGCCUCAGCUGUAUCAUGAAGGCAGGCCGCAGAGUGCAGCUGCUAGCUCGCAGUGGCAUCUCACUGGUGGUCCUGGGCCACUUGACCUUGGUGCUGGGGGCCAUCAUCCAUGGCUCCCUCCUGUACCAUGUGGCCUGGCCCGCGCACACCAUCACCUCAGAGUACACCAUGGCUAAUGUCAUUGCGGUGGCUUCUGGGCACUUGAGCAUUGCUGCCGGUGUCCUGGCGGUCCUGGUGUCCCGGAACUUCUCCCACCGUUGCCUGCCUUGGAUCCUGGUUGUUAUCUCCCUGGCAAAUGUCCUGAUCUCAGGUGCCUGCUGCAUGGGGCUGGCACUUGCCAUCUCUCUCACUGUUGUCAACGGUGGCUGUCAUCUCUUUACCGGUUGCAACAGUUCUGCCCUUCCAGCUGAUGCCCACACUGUGAUAACAAAUGAGUGCCCUUUUGACACUACCCACAUCUAUGACACAGCACUGGUCCUCUGGCUUCCUUCCUUGUUGAUGGCAGCAGUGGAAGCCGGUUUGUCUGCCUGGUGUUGCACAGCCUCUCUCUUUGUGGAAUUGGGCCCUCUUCAGCCUCCUACAAAGUGGUUGUCAAAAUAUCAGCUAGAAAAUGAGAGGCGUAUUGAUUAUCUACGGAAACGGUCAACAUCAAAUAAAUGGCAGGAUGCCGAGCUUCUGGUUUUAGUGCUUAGGACCGCUCGGAAGACUUGCUUGCUGGACUGCCUUCGCUCGCGGAUCCCAGGAGGUUGGAGCACAGAGAGCUUGUACCAUCUCAGUUUGAGGGGGGUGGUGGUACCGGAGAAGUCAGCAAUACGGGGGCGAUCCCCCCCCAUGCUCCCUUUUAGGCUCCGAGAAAGGUCGUGGCAGGGUUUCUUCCUGCUGCCGAAGGAUGCCCGCAGGAGCGAGCUGCUGAAGCAGUUCCUCUGCGGCGGGAGUGCCUCCGUCUCUCGCGCCUUCCCUCUCGCGGCUUCCACGCGCGCUUGGCGUGUGCGCUCCGGGUACGCACGGAGCGCGCGAGCGCGAGCCAGCCGAGCAGGGAGGCUGGUGGCAAGCAGCCCUGUGCCGUGCGCACGGAAGGGCUCGGCUGCAGUGGCUCCAGCCCCGGCCGCCACAGCAGCUCCCUCGCUCCCGAGGUGGCCUGCCCCACUUCGCUCGCCAUUGACUUCGUGCCUCGAAGGGGCGGUGCACGGAGCGCACGGGAAAGGACAGCCAGAGUCCCGGGGACUUGGAUUACCCCGGAGUAAGACGAGCCAGCGCGCCAGAGCGAGAGCGCUUGGCUUUUACUCCCAAGGUGAAAAUCUACCCGCUGCACCCACCGCAAGCAGAGGCAGAUCGUGGUGGAGGAUCGGGCGGCUGCUCCGCACCUGGCGCCUGGGACUACGGGGAGGCUGGACGUCCAGGAUGCUUGUGCUUCUCCGAGCCGGCUGCAGGGCAGCCCUCUUCCUGUGGAUUUUCAGCAACAUCAGCUGCAGAGCCCGGACAGCUCUUUCGUCCUCCCCGUUUUGAAGAUACAGCUUUUACUUCAAAGAUCUGACGUUUCUUUUUGCCUGCUCAAUGAACUGGCAAAAAACCUGCAGGCAUGUGGCUCAACGUGCUGGCUGUACUGUUUGUUUUGGGAUGUGGGCACUGCAUGCUGUUUUCUUGUAAUAAAUCACUUUGAAGAUUUAAUAGC